UUAAAUUCAUCACUGAAGUCAGGGUAUAAAUCCCAGUGUGAGACGGAGCAAUCAUCAGAUCAUUAACUAGAGACCAACAUGACUCCAGCAACCGGCUCCCUCCUCCUGGUGCUCGUUCUGGGCACAGUGACUUCUGCCACAGCACAGAUUCUAGCAGAAAAACCUAUCAUCAUUCCGAAACCGUUUGUAAAACCUGGCUCCUGCCCUAAUGAAUUGGACUACCCACUUUGUAAGCUAUUAUCAUUUUCACCAAAGCCAGAAUGUAGCGUAGACAGUCAGUGCCCGGGAAACAUGAAGUGCUGUUUGUACAGAUGCACAAGGAGCUGUGUGACGCCCCUGCAAAAGAAAAUUGGACAGUGCCCGUUCUUUUUUUGUGGCACCUGCGCUACAAUCAAGCCCUUGCCUUAUGAGUGUCACAGUGAUCAGCAGUGCCCCGGGACCGAGAGAUGUUGUUUCAUUAACUGCAGACGCCAGUGCACUGCCACAGUGAGCAUAAAGCCAUGGCAGUGUCCUGUGGAUGUUCUAAAGUGCCCAGUUGUUAUGCCGGAGCCUCGGUGCAAACAGGAUGAUGAUUGCCCUGGGAAGCAGAAGUGUUGUCACCAGUGUGGGAUGAAAUGUAUUGAUGUAAAGCCAGAGAAUCCUGGUUUCUGCCCUUCAUAUGUUGAGAAUCUUUCUUGUAUGCAAGAUCUGGAUACAAAGAUUUGCAGAAGUGAUGCUGAUUGUCUGGUUCCCAGGAAAUGCUGUUACUAUGGUGGAAAAAUGCAAUGUGUAAAGGCCCUAAAUGUGAAGCCUGGUAGCUGCCCAGCUUCAUUAAAAAACUGUAUCCUUCCGAUUCCGGCACCAGAGUGUGAAAGUGAUGGGGACUGUCCAGAUGCCAAGAAGUGCUGCACCCAACAGUGUGCAAAACAGUGCUCCGACCCUGAUGUACUUUUAUUAGAGAGUAUCCCGAAAUUGGAGUGACUACAAGCAAGAGACUGAUGACAACGGACCCAAUGGAACAGAAUCUUAUGUUGGCUUCCUUUUACGUAAAGCUGUACAGACCCCUUGUGAAACAUCAGCUGUGAAUACAACUCUGUGCAUCUUACACAAUUGUGUCCUGUUAUACAGUCUUGUUUUAUGUCUCUGGAAUACAUAGCUAAGGCUUAAUAUAGGGGAUCUGUAAUAUUUAAAAGGAUUAGAGGUUUUCCGUCUGCUCUUUUUUCUGUAUAUGAAUAUUGUAAACAAUAAAUCAUUAUUAAUAUGCAACCACA